AUGCUGGACCCUCAAGCAGUUCUGAGUGCGUUUAAUCGCACUAUGGCUUCGGAUGCCGCUACCAUCAAAGAAGCCGAGGGUCAAUUGCGAGAAAUGCAGAAGGAGCCGGGAUUUACGGCAUUUCUUUUGCAAGCGGCUACCGAUAACUCUAUCCCGCUGAACGUUCGGGUUUCCGCGGCUAUUUACAUGAAAAACAGAAUCCAAAGAUGUUGGAAAAGUAAAGGAGAAGAUGCGAUUUUGGAAGAGGAGCAUGCGGUUAUUAAAGAAAACUUGGUAAAAAGUUUGAUUGAAAAUGCAGAAAAUACACAAAUUAAACCAUAUUUGACAGAAUCGGUUAAGGGUAUCUUGGGGAACAAUGACAAAUGGGACCUCUCGGAUAUUAUCUGUGAGCUAUUAUCCAGCGGAGAAUCGAAAUUUGUUUACCCCGGAUUACUGCUAUUAUUUGAAGUCACUUUAAACCAAAGAUGGGAAAUGGCAGACAGUAGGCAGUAUAUCGAUGCAGUGAUAACCAAAGUAUUCCCCUUUGUUGAGCCCAUUGCGUCCCAGCUCGUGAAUCAAACGGAUUACAGGUCUAACGAACUCUUGUAUUUGAUUUUGAAGUCUUUCAAAUAUUCCUGUCUGAACAGUUUCCCGCAGUAUUUCACCAACGUGGAUAAGCUUAAUGCGUGGAUACAGUUGCAUUUGUUCCUUUGCUCUAAGCCACUUCCGGCUGAGGUGAUGGCUCUUGAAAUUUGCGAUAGGUCCUUGGAUAAGCGCGUGAAGUGUAACAAAUGGGCUUUUGGAAAUUUAUCAAGACUUUUGAUCAAGUACAGCAGGACAACUAAGAGUGUUUCUGAAGAUUUCGUCAAAUUCAUGUUCAGUCAAGUUGUGCCCACGAUUUUAACCGAGUAUUUUAAAACCAUCGAGUCCUGGGGGUCGGGUUCCCUUUGGCUGAGCGACGCAUCGCUUUUCUACCUGAUAGAGUUCCUAGAAAAAUGCGUUACGACAGAGAGUUUAUGGCCGAUGAUCAAACCACACCUUGAAACAAUAAUAAACUAUGUCAUUUUCCCAUGUCUUUCGGCCAACGAAGAAUCUAUCGCUUUGUUCGAGGAAGAUCCGGAAGAAUACGCAAGACGGUAUUUCGAUGCUAACAAGGAGGGAACCACUGCGGAUGUGGCUUCGACGGACUUUAUUUUCGUUAUUGGACACAAGCGGUUCUCGGAAGUGAGUAUAAUAUUACCGCUAAUGAAUAAUGUUUUUAACGAGUUUGCACAGAGGGGCGAUAUGCAAAGUGCAUACAGGGAGGAAGGAGCACUCAGAUUAUUGAGCUCGCUUUCUAGCUUUUUAGCAGAGGACGAAUCACCUGUUAAAGAUCAACUAGAAGGCAUUUUCGAUCAUUACGUUUAUCCACUAUUGACACAACAUAAAUACUCAUUUCUGACCGCAAGAGCUUUGGAAACUGUUGCCAUCCAUCAGCAAGCAUUCACCGAUAUGGGUGUUAUAUCUAGGUUUUUCGAGGCAGUUUACCAUAAUUUUCUCAGUUCAGAACAUCUUUCAGUUCAAGUGGAAGCGGCUGAUGCUUUGAAAACUCUGAUUGUGUCCAAUCCAGUCAUUCAUGAACACAUUUCAUCUCAAGUUCCCAGCAUAAUGGAGAAACUUUUGAGACUCUCCAAGGAAUUUCAAAUCGAUAUCCUAUCAGAGGUUAUGGAAGCGUUUGUUGAAAGGUUCGCCGACGAACUUACACCUUUUGCUCGUGACUUGGCUGCAAAUCUCGCAGAUCAGUUUAUAAUCCUUGGGCAAUCUAUUGUGGAGAACAGCAGUGGGAGUUACUCCGUCUCUGAUCAGGAUAGCGAAAUCCAAGCAAGUGCUUUGUUGCAAACAAUGACAACCAUGGUAAUGUCAAUGAGCAAAGUUUCGUUAAUUGACAAUUUUGUACCCGUUGUCAAGUUCAUUAUUAUCAACGCACAGAUCUCGUUCUUGAGCGAAGCAGUCGAUUUGAUGGAUUCUCUCGCUUUAUCAGCGGUAACCAUGUAUGGGGCCUUUACACCAGGCAUCUGGGAAGUUGUUCACGAUGUGCUCGACUCUUUUCAAACCUACGCUUUGGAAUACUUUGAAAGCUAUCAGGUAUUUUUCGAGACUGUGGUCACCCACGGAUUUCCAAAGGACAACACUUUCGUACCCGCCUUUCUUGAAAUCCUGUCGGGUGCUUUGAAUAGUAGUGUUGAUUUCGACGUCGAGAGUGCCAUCGAUAUCCUUCUCUUUUAUGUUCUUGCCAUGAAGGAAAAUCCACUAUUUACACAGGCCUUGAAAUGCGCUUCAGGCGAGGACUAUGAAAUUGAUAGCACUCUUAUCGUCAAGCUUUUCUUGGGCAGUCUUUUCGUGAAACCUAUUCAAACAUUGCAAACUUGCGAGGAAGAAGGUGUCACAUUAGAUCUAUUGCAGAAAUGGUUUGAUUGCAAGUUUACCAGUGUUUUCACUAUAAAGCUACAGAUUAUGUCGUUGAUCUCGGUACUGAGCUUACCCGAACUGCCAAGUUGCAUAAGUGGGUUUGUUCCUCAACUUUCGAACAAACUUGUAGCGUUGGCCGAAUCGUUACCGGAGGCGAUCCGAAAAAGAGAUGCGUUAUCUCGUGGCGAGGUUGGCGAAGAUAAGUUUGAUGGCGAUGACGGCACUGAAUUCUUCGACGAAUUGGAAGACGACUUCAAACAAUCUAGCUUGGAUGACGUGAACUGUUUCCAAGAAUUGCAUGCAUUUUUCACCCGACUUCAAGGCAGCGACGCCGUGCGCUACGAGCAGAUUUUAUCAGCAUUGCAAGAGGAUAAGGUGGAUUCCCUGAAGACAAUUUUGGAGUUUGUAUCGGGCAACUGA